ACUCAACAUUCACAACUUCUUAGCUAUUCUUUAAAAUUGCGCUAAUUUUUCCUUAAUUAUUUAAGUUUUUGUAAUAAAUUUGUUCUAUGUUUUAAAGGAGAGAGUGAGAAAAAAAUGUUAAAUUUAAAUUGUGUGAUUUGUGCCGAACUAUUUACUGCAUCGGAUGAUGUACAUGUCACCAGUUGUGGACACAUGUUUCAUAUAGCUUGCCUAAGUCAAUGGCUGCAAAGAUCGAAAACUUGCCCCCAGUGUCGUAAUAAAUGUACCGAUCGUAAUAUUAUAAGAGUUUACUUUAAUUUAGCUAAUCUAGAUGUUAGUCGCAUUGAUGUUGGUUCACUGCAGGAACAGUUGGAUAAUGUUCAGCUACAGUUGAAGGUUAAAGAAAAGGAAUUACAAAAGUCUGCAAACCAAAUAAAAGACUCCAAAGAGACACAAAAGAAAUGCAUGAAAACCAUAGCUGGUCUAGAAAAGGAUUUACAAAGCAAAAGUUUUCUUAUACUUAACUAUGCUGAAAAGACAAAAAUGUUGGAAUCUCAAGUUAAAGCCAUGGAUAAUCUACGUAAAGAAAAUAAAAAUUUAAAACUUCAAAUAGAUGCCAUGGAAGGUAUUAAUACAUUAUUAACAUCAACCAUGAGUGAUGCUGAGAAAAUGCUGCAGAAUGAAAGUGAUCCGAAAAUUUUAUCCGUUUGGGUGGCGACUUUAAAAAGAGAAUUAAGAGUGUGUGAAACCAAAAAAGCUGAUAUGCGUGGUGUUUUAAAAGUCGUACAAAAUGAUUUGCGCAAAGAAAUCGAUCAAAGAAAAAAACAAGAAGAAAGAAUAUCCCAGUUAGAAAGUGAAAAUUAUCAAUUAUUAGAAAAGAUCAAAGUUUUAGAGGCCACCAUUAAAAAGUGCAACAACAAUAACAAUAAUAACAAUAACUAUGAUGCUGAAAAAUCCCUUAAUGGUAGUAUUGGUUUAAAUACUGCUUGCAAUAAUAGUAUAGAAAUAAUGUCACCACCAGUUGUAAAAAUUAAAGAAGAGAAACGUUUAACUAUAUCACCCACAAUUAAAGAUAAUAUUAAAAAAAUUGAGGAAUCAUCAUCACCUUAUUUGAAUAUAAAAUCCUGUAGUGUACUCCUGCCACCUUUAUUAAUGAAAAAUCAUGAAAAUCGUAUUAGCAAUAAUACCAAACCCAUGGGUAAUAAGUUAACAGUAUUGAAAAUUUCACCCACAAAACCAGCCUUAGGAGCGAUACGCAAAACAAGAAGUGAUUUAAGUCAAAAGUAUUCGAUAUUAAAAAAGCCGCGCUUAGAUUUGGCAGCCAGUUCAGGCUCUUCUGGCUCCACUAUGAAACCUUUAGCUCCUAAUUUUGUAUUUAAUGGUUUUGGUGGCUCUGAACGUGUGGAUCCUUUUGAAAGUAAACUCAAUUCUGAUGAUGAUUGUCAAGUGGUUAGUGAAACAAAAGAACAAACUGAAUUAAAAGCAAAAUCUGCUCCUACCUCAAGUAUACAUAGUCGUCUGAAGUCUGGUGGUUUGCGUAAUUUCAAAUUAACCAAGUGAUUUUGUAGUGA